AUGUGCUGUUCAUCGAUGAAGGGAGCAAGGAACAACCGCGAGGACGCCUACAAGAUAGCAGCUGACGAGCCGAGUCCCGGGGAUCAAGCAAGUACUACACCUACCGUUCAAAAGUACACUUGGGAAAAGCGAGCCGAAAUCGAUUUGUCAAAGUACAAAGUGGCCCAGGUCGACGGGGCCCUCGAAAAACGCACCGACAUCAAGGGCCAACAGUUUUUGAUCGAAAACUGCAAAAACAGCGUCAUCCUGCUGCUCGAUAAUUCUGCAACAGUAACCGUGGACGACUGUGAGAAUUGUCUGAUCGUGAUUGGGCCGUGUGCAGGGAGCGUAUUCAUCCGCGACACGAACAAGUGCAGCGUGUGGGCGGUUUGCCAGCAAUUGCGUACGCGGGAUUGCCACGAUCUGAAGUUGGCGCUGCACUGCGCCACGCAGCCGAUCAUUGAGAAUACGCGGCUCGUCGUAUUUCACCCGCUGGCGCUGAAUUAUUCUGGGAUUCGAGAAAAUCUAAUCGCCGCCCGAUUGUCACCAUUUUUGAACAACGCGCACUCGGUGCACGAUUUUACGCCCGACAAAUAUACGCCGAAUUAUACGCUUUCUAAAAAGAUGCUGCUACCGCAACAACCCUUGAGCCUUCUGCUCAGCCCGCAGCAGACGGACGUUUCGUUCCAGUCGAAUUCGUCCUUUUUCAUCGCGACCCCGCGGGAAGAUGGAGCGGCCGGCGGCCCCACGGAGACCCUGACGAUCUAUGUGACGCAGAGUGAGGGGGAAACGGUAGAGGCUUUCUUCACGCGCUGCCUCCCGGGCCUGGCCGACCUGCGAAUUGACGGGGUCAGCUGCACGGCUACUCGUGAUGUGCUCGCCACUAAAAACGACCUCAUCCAUUGUAUGGAUUCAUGCCCGGAAUUUACAUCUGGACAUAUCGUCGCCCUCUACCUGGACUGUGAGGCCGAGAAACGGGAAGAGGUGCCCGGAAAAUUGUCGGCCGAUUGGAAAUGCGUGCCGGAGAGUCUGGACGACACCUUCCGGAUCACGAUCGACCGCCUGAAUCUCUCGUCGUUGUCCGUA